UAAGAACGCUGGAGUCCGCCGCCGCGGAAGCUUUAACUUGCACAAAUAUAACAAGCCGCCAGCCUACAACGACGUUCCAUACACCACGCGUGCACUGACGGCGGCGUUCCGGCAGCCUGGUUACCAGCCUCCUCAGCCAUGCACGUCGACCCGCCGCCACCAGCAGCUAACUCGCACCCGCCGGCGCCGGAGCCGUCCGGCUGGACGCGGCAGAAGGACAAGCUGCUGGAGCUGCUGCUCCCUCGCAUGUACCCGCAAUGGGAUCGCAUCGCCGAGCACCUCGGCGGCAAGACUCCGGACGAGGCGCGCCGGCGGCACGAGUCCUUGGUCGCCGAGCUGCGGCGCGUGCUUGAGGCGCCAGGGGUGGAGACGCCGCCCGAGUGGGGUUCGCGGCAGCCUGCUGGCCGUGCGCUGACCGGCCGCGAGCCGGCGGUAGCCGCCGUCGGCCAUGGUGAGCGGACCGGUGGAAAGGAGGAUGCUGGCGCACCGGCAGACGGCGAGGCGGCGUCGGCAAGGGCCGGGGGUGGGGUUGGAGAGGGCGCUGGGGCGCCGGCGCGCUCGGCUGGCGGCGAUAUGCUGGGAGGGACACGGAAACGUGGAAGGAAAACGAAGGACUCUGCCCACGAGAAAAACAGGGCCGUGCCAUGGACCCCAGACGAGCACAGGCUGUUCUUGGCGGGGAUCAGAGAACACGGCGUAGGCAAGUGGCAGAAGCUGGCCCGGGAGUUCGUGCCGACGAGGAACGCGUCCCAGAUCGCGAGCCACUACCAAAAGUACAACAUCAGGCAGGAGAAGCUACGCCGCAACGAGUGCAAGCGGCCGAGCAUCCAUGACAUCAACGACGACGACGCACCGAGCCCUGCCGGCGAGCAGUCAGCUGCAGCUGCAGGCGAAGCUGGAGGUGGAUGCUGAGUCGUCAGGUGGGGACCACGGCCGUCUCCAGGAAUUUGAGGCCCCGGGACAAAAUGCAAAACACGGUCCUAAACUUUGAAAAUUGUAUAUUUUUUCGGAAAAUAUUCUGAUAUAUUCAUCAAACAUUACAGCAGU